UCUUGAUGAAUGCGAUAAUUUAUUAAUUUAUCAGCCUCUUUUAUUUGAAGUUCAGAAAUGAAGCGGUUUUCAUUUUCAUCACUUUUAUUACUCUCGCUAUUCGUUCAGUCGAUCAAUAGCGAAGGAAAUCUUACCUUCUCAAUGUUUCUGGAGAAAUUUCAUGCGAAGGCUGCUGAAAAAGGAAUUGAAAUGGGAUCAGGGUUGAAUUGUAUUUUCACCAUAACCAAUACCAUGGAUAAAGCGAAAACAAAACAUGCAGUUCCGGUCACGAAAUUGAUGACUGAAACCAAAUUUAGGCAGGUAAUGGAUAGAGUGCCUGCGGGUAUGCAAGUUGUUAUUGGCCAAGUUACUGUUAAUGACGAAGAAAGUAAACAUGAACGAGGUAAUGCCCGUGCUUUUUUACGAAAUAAAAUUUAUUUGAUAAACAAUGACUUGACGGAGAAAAUCGGCCAACUGAAUAUGGAAAUUUACACAGAAAUCGCUCACAAACCAUUCAUCGCCAAUGACAAAAUGUUCGCCAAUUGGUUUAAACUGUGGGAUAAAGAUCAAAUGGACGAAGAACAUUUGAAAAAUAUUAAAAAGGAAAUCAGAGCGAUGGCGGCACAAUAUGAAGUUUCAAAUAGAGAGUUCAAGAAGAAGAUGAAAGAAGUAGAUAAUUUGCGAAAAACAAUUGACAAUUACUUUCGUUUAGCCAAUGAGAAGUGUGAUAAUCUAUUGAAAGCAAAAAACUAUACUGAAUUCCCAAGAAUGGUACAAGAAAUUGUACCUCUCAUUGAAAGAAUAUACAAAUCGCAAUCUCAACUAAUCGAAAAUCUCGAAAACGUGCAAAACCUAUUGAAAGAUUACAACAUGAAGCGCAUCAUUUGGGUUGAAUUAUUAAUUGGUUUAAGAGAGUCGCUUACAUCCAAUCGGAGAUCAAUAAAUUUGGAAUUUUUACUACUAUUUUUCACUAAUCUUUGUUGCGGAAGAAAUGUGUAAUUUUCGAAUAUUCUAAAUAAAAGAAACUGAUGACAUUUUAA